AGGGGCUUUUUGCAAGACGUCGACACUAUGCAAUGGAAAAUAUUAUUAGGUAUAAUAAUUCAAUUGCUAACAACAUCACUGGCCGAAUCAGACCUCGAUUUUGAAGAGGACAUGCUUGAAGAUCCCAUUGAAGAACUUUCCAUCACAUCUACAGAAAUCCCAAUCGCCAGUUCAACUAUUGGUCCAACAAUAACCACAAAAGAUUAUUGUCAUUGUGAUAUGGAAGUUUACGGCCUUAGCGAUCUCAAUGGAGUACUGAAAUCACCUAACUUUCCCGGUGCUCAUUGCGAUAGCGGAAAAUGUAUCUAUAAAGUUUUGCCCCAUCCAAAUAUGACGCUACGUCUCAAUAUUCAAACAGCAGAGAUGUCCAGUGGUACAACUCUCAAAUUUUGGAGUAUUUUCAAUAUUGAUGACAAAGAGUACUCACUUUAUCAUUCCGAAUAUUAUAGUCUUCGCGGCUACCAUUCUGAAUUCUUUCAAAAGUAUGAGCAAUUUACAACACCCAAAAAUGUUGGCUUUAAAGUUGUAUUAGAAAUGCAGAAGAACACGUACGCAUUCAGUGGAUUCAAAAUGUCAUUUGACAGAUUGAUUAACGAAACAUCCAAUCAUCUUUGUGAUCGCACUCAUGUGAUUAUUGGAAAUGAAUCAACAAUUGUGACUGCCUCAAAACCUUUUGCUUUAGCCUCUGGAUGUAUGUUUCUUCUUUCACCGUCUUCCGAUGGAAUCAAAAACAAACAAGAAGAAAUGUUCAUAGAGAUUGAAACCGAGUCUCCAACUUAUGUUGCCAUAAGGAGCUAUGACUAUGAAGGUCUCUUUUCCAGAGAUGAUUAUUUCGAUUCAAACCGGACAAAGUUAGUUGAUGCUUCAAAAGUGGAAGUGAUUUUUCGACGAGAUAGCAGUUACACGGAUAGCUUUCCUUCUCCAAAGAUUACUGCGCGCUUGAUGACUAAAGAUUGCGCCUGUCCUGAAAAAAGAAUGAAUUUAACGGGUCAUAUGAGUUCUGUGAUUAUUCGAUCUCCCGGUUUUCCUAAUUUGUACUGCCCUGGAAAACAUUGUCGUAUUCUAAUAAACAGUGAAAAAAAUGAAAAAAGAAUGAAAAAAGACAGACUUCACCCAGUUCUAAUGAUUUUGUCAAACUGUUCAUUGAACGAAUAUGAUAGUUUGAAGCUUGGUUCUAUGGAAUCAGGAAGAUUAAUUUUCCGAACUGAAGAAAAGAAUAUGAUGCCAACCAAAUUUCUGCGACCAAUAAUUAUCGAUCAACAGACCUUGGGAGUGUCGUACCGAGCUACUGGAAUUUCGCAGAUGAGAUAUUUUGAAAUGAACAUCACAAAACUUGAAAUUCCUGAAGAAUGUGUUUGUUCAAUGUUUAACGACAAAGAAUAUCAAAAUUCUGGCUGGCUCUCUGUAGUGAUUCCGAAAAACUGCAGUACUAUACAUUGUCAUUGGAAAUUCUCCACUGAUAGAAAAAUCCCUCCUCAAUACAUGACCAUUGAGUUCAUCAUGGACAAGCCCUCACUCAAAGAUAUCGUGUAUAUCUUGACGAACACCCUCACAGAAGAGUAUGACAGUGAAUUAUUGUCCACAAAACGAAGCAUUGCAUCGGCAACGUCACCAAUUGAAUUCACAUUUUCUAGAUUCACUUAUCUCGCCGAUUCGGACGCCGUUUUGAAUAUUUCUUGGAAAAUAGUUGAAGCAUGCGAAUGUUCCCAGGAAAAAGUUUAUGUAAAAGUGGAUCAACCAUCUGUUUUGACAAGCCCAAACUAUCCGGAAGUGUACUGUCCAAAUCUGGUGUGCCGACAUACGUUUUAUGCACCCAAAGGGCAUUACUUGGAGGUUCAAAUUUCGGAUGCAGAUAUUGAGAAGUAUCAUGAUUUUCUGAAAAUUUAUGAUGGGAACAGUACAAUUGAUCCCAUAAUUACCAGAAUAUCUGGACAAGAAAAUUAUGUAACAAUCAACUCAACUUCUAACAUCCUGUUUUUUUUGUUCAUGACAGAUGAAAGCAAUGGUAACAAGGGAUAUCAUGCAAAUGUGUAUGCUCGGCCCAUGACUAUAGACCACACGCUUGGUGAAACUCAUUGGAUUGUUUUGAUCUGUGUUGCAUUCUUAACUGUUCCAAUGAUAGCUGGGGUCAUAUAUUUUGUAAUUCGCAAAAAAGAAAAUCAUCGCCAACUUGAGUCUCUUCACAACCCAACAAUUUCGUACUCAUCCAGUGAAGCAGGAUCUUCAAUCAACAUCGCCUUUGGAUCAUCAAACAAUGGCAACAACAACGAGCGAUGCAACGAACUUUACGGAUGA